AUGGAGGGCUCUACCAACACCCGCCGCAUAGACCCGCUCGCCGACCUCCGGGAGGCGACGGAGAAGAACGCGCAGGAGGCGCGCGAGGAGAAGGAGAGGGCAGAGCAGGCGAAGGAGGAUGCGGCCAAGGCGGACUACCACAACAGUCGCACGGCUUCCUACAACUCCCAUGUCAAGGAGCUGGCCAAGCGAACCGUCGAGCUGAUAGGCAGCCGGAGAGCCAAUGCCACCUUGCGGCAACAAAUGGGCGAAGCUCAAACUGCGCUGCACAACAAGGAGGAGCGCCUCAAGAUGGAGCAAGAGCGAGAUCGCCUGGCCAAGCAGCUAGCUGACCAGGCGGACAAGCACCAGGCGGAGCUGCAGAAGCUCAAAGACGCGGAGGAGGCUCUCCAGGCCAAGUUCGAGACCCAUCGCUCGAACUGGGUUGACAAGGAGAAGGCCGUGUCGGCCGGCUACGGUUAG